AUGCACUACACUGAGUUUGUAUAUGGUAAAGCGAAAUCGGGAACAAAUAAUGGAUUGAUAAAGGAGAUAAAGGGCUCUCAAUAUGGUGUGCAACUGGAGAGUGCUGUCAGAGAUAGAUUGGCAGCCAUUGAUAAAUAUGAAGAAGAAGAAGAGGAAGCACUUGAGAAGGUUUCUGAAUUUUUCCAAACCAAAUAUUUUAAGAAGGAUUCUGUGAUCACCUUUAAUUUUCCUGUAACUCCUCGCACUGCAGCGAUAUCAUUUGUAACAGAAGGAAAGGAACAAACUAAAAUCAAGGUAGAGAAUGCAAAUGUGGUUGAGAUGAUCCAGAAAUGGUACUUGGGUGGGAGCAGAGCUGUGUCUCCAUCUACAGUGAAAAGCUUAGCUGAAAAUCUUGGAGCAAUGCUUUCACAGUAG